AUGAGGACACCAGGAAGUUUUGCCAAUACAAAUUUAUUUGUAUUGGGUGCUCUCCAAAUAUUUUGUAUUAUAACCCUAUCCUCGAAGCACUUACUUUCUCAAGCUUGUUCGAUGCAAUGUUCAACCACCAAAUCGCAAUUGUUCAUGUAUGCAUCUGUCACACCGCUAUUAUAUCUCUGUCGUUCUUUCAGUUCCAUAUAUAUAAAGUUUCUUUGGGCCAUAGAAGAUCAAUAUGUCACAAAAACGCUCAACUUCCUCAUUGAAUCGUACAUUAGGCUUAAGCCUUCAUUAAAGUGGCAAUGUGUAAACAAUUCCACCUUAUCUUCUCAUGCGAGUACUGCACAAACGUCCCCGAUACGGUACGUGUGGCUUUCCUGUGCAUGUUCACGUCAAACACUGAUUGGCGCCUUCGAUGGCAAUGCGUCUACUUUGUGUGGCAAUACUCCACUAUAUAAAGAGGUUUCUGGGACGUCUGGAGUAUUUUUUUCUCACUUUCAAUCUCCAAUAUGGCUUUUGGAAAUGUAUGUUCCCAAAGCAAUAUACUAG